AUGUCAACAACCGUGAGAAGAAGGCUUCAUCAUGGGGAUAUUGAUGGAAAACGUAAUGAGCAUUACGAAAUAUCUGGAUUAGACGAACCAUUACUUCAGUCUCAUGAGCUACACAUUGAACCGAAAGGGGUAUUUCUUGGAGAUCUAUUUAAUGUUGAUAGGACGAAGGAACAAAUCCACUGGACAUAUCUGUUUACAAAUGUCAUUGCGCAGUGGGCACAAUGGUUAGCAAACAUUGUUGUUGGAUCAAGAUCUUUUAUUGAACGCUUUUUGCCUGGUGCUUCCUCUAACCCCAUUGGAUCAAACACAAAUCUUCGUCUGCCCUAUCUCAGUCCUCUACAGGAGGAGAGACUCGGCAAUUUGCAGCGGAGGCUUGGAGUACCGUUCGAUGAUUCUCUAGUGGAGCAUCAAGAUGCACUGAAACAGUUGUGGAGGCUGGCUUAUCCUGAUAGGCUGCUCCCAUCACUUAAAUCAGAACUUUGGAAAGAAAUGGGCUGGCAAGGUUGUGACCCCUCGACUGAUUUCCGGGGUGGAGGAUAUAUAUCACUGGAGAACCUCAUUUUCUUUGCAAGAAACUAUCCGAUCUCGUUCCAGAGACUGCUACACAAAAUAGAUGGGAAGAGAGCUGAGUGGGAGUAUCCUUUUGCUGUGGCUGGCAUCAACAUUUCUUUCAUGCUCGCACAAAUGUUGGAUCUUCAGAAAGGGAAGCCCUCAACCGCAGCAGGAAUCCGGUUUUUGGAACUCCUGGAGCACGAUGAGAUGGCGUUCGACAACCUUUACUGUGUAGCGUUUCAGAUGAUGGAUGCUCAAUGGCUAGCAAAGCGGGCGUCGUAUAUGGAGUUUAAUGAUGUUAUGAAGUCCACAAGGACUCAGUUGGAACGCGAGCUCGUCCUGGAAGAUGUCAACUCUGUGAAGGAGUUACCUGCUUACAAUUUGCUUACAGGAUAA